UGUGUAGUAGAAAUUCGUUCCUGUCCCGUAAAACGCCGGGAUUUUAUCCUUGUGUGUGACUUACAUCAAUUUACACUUACUACAUUCAGUUGCAUACAUCUUCAUUUGUAUGCACACGAAAAUUUCCUUCUACGUUGAAUUAUAAUAUUCAUAAUUAAUCAUACACUUGCAAAACUUUUAAAAAUAAACAAUGUACGCCCUAGAAGAGGAUCAAUAUGAUGAUGAAGAUGCAGAAGAAAUUUCAUCAAAACUUUGGCAGGAAGCGUGCUGGAUUGUUAUUAACGCUUAUUUUGAUGAAAAGGGUCUUGUACGGCAACAACUUGACAGUUUUGAUGAAUUCAUUGAAAUGUCUGUUCAAAGAAUUGUAGAAGAUUCGCCACAAAUUGAUCUACAAGCAGAAGCACAGCAUACUUCGGGUGAAAUAGAAAAUCCUGUUAGACAUUUGUUAAAGUUUGAACAGAUUUAUUUAUCAAAACCUACACAUUGGGAGAAGGAUGGAGCACCAUCUCCUAUGAUGCCUAACGAGGCUAGGCUAAGAAAUUUGACUUAUUCUGCACCAUUGUAUGUAGAUAUAACAAAAACAAUUGUAAAAGAUGGCGAAGAUCCAAUCGAAACACAGCAUCAAAAAACAUUCAUAGGAAAAAUUCCAAUCAUGUUGAGGUCAAAAUAUUGUUUGCUUGCUGGCUUAUCUGAUCGUGAUUUAACUGAAUUGAAUGAAUGUCCAUUAGAUCCUGGUGGUUAUUUCAUUAUUAAUGGAUCAGAAAAAGUAUUAAUUGCUCAAGAAAAAAUGGCAACAAACACAGUUUAUGUAUUUAGUAUGAAAGAUGGUAAAUAUGCAUACAAAUCUGAAAUUCGGUCAUGCUUGGAACAUAGUUCUCGUCCUACAUCUACAUUAUGGAUUAACAUGAUGGCUAAGAGUGGAGCCAGUAUUAAAAAAUCUGCUAUAGGACAACGUAUUAUUGCUAUUAUUCCAUAUAUCAAGCAAGAAAUUCCUAUCAUGAUCGUUUUUCGAGCACUUGGAUUUGUAGCAGAUCGCGAUAUUUUGGAACAUAUUAUAUAUGACUUCGAUGAUCCUGAAAUGAUGGAAAUGGUGAAACCAUCUUUAGAUGAGGCUUUUGUGAUACAAGAACAGAAUGUUGCUUUAAAUUUUAUUGGUACUAGAGGUGCAAGACCUGGUGUAACAAAAGAGAAGCGUAUAAAAUAUGCAAGAGAAAUUUUACAGAAAGAAAUGCUUCCACAUGUUGGUAUAAGUGAUUUCUGUGAAACAAAGAAGGCCUACUUUCUUGGUUACAUGGUACAUAGAUUAUUAUCGGCAUCUCUCGGUAGAAGAGAAUUGGACGAUCGAGAUCACUACGGCAACAAACGAUUAGAUCUUGCUGGUCCAUUACUAGCAUUUCUAUUUAGAGGGCUGUUUAAAAACCUGAUGAAAGAAGUGCGAUUAUAUGCACAAAAAUUCAUAGAUAGAGGAAAAGAUUUCAAUCUUGAACUUGCUAUUAAAACUAAAAUUAUAACUGAUGGUUUACGAUAUUCACUUGCUACUGGUAAUUGGGGUGAUCAGAAAAAAGCUCACCAAGCUAGAGCAGGUGUAUCUCAAGUAUUAAACAGACUGACAUUUGCAUCAACACUUUCACAUUUAAGAAGAGUGAAUUCUCCCAUAGGAAGAGAUGGUAAAUUAGCAAAACCACGUCAAUUACAUAAUACAUUAUGGGGUAUGUUAUGUCCUGCUGAAACACCUGAAGGUGCUGCUGUAGGUUUAGUUAAAAAUUUAGCAUUAAUGGCUUAUAUUAGUGUCGGAUCUCAACCUUCACCAAUUCUUGAAUUCUUGGAAGAGUGGUCUAUGGAAAAUCUUGAAGAAAUUGCACCAAGUGCAAUAGCUGAUGCAACCAAAAUAUUUGUAAAUGGUUGCUGGGUUGGUAUUCACAGAGAUCCUGAUCAAUUAAUGGCUACUUUACGUAAAUUAAGACGUCAAAUGGACAUUAUUGUAUCAGAAGUGUCUAUGAUAAGAGAUAUCAGAGAUCGUGAAAUCAGAAUAUAUACAGAUGCAGGAAGAAUUAGUAGGCCACUAUUAAUUGUAGAAGGACAAAACUUGCUACUAAAGAAGAGACAUAUUGAUAUGUUAAAGGAGAGAGACUACAAUAAUGAUGGUUGGCAGGAAUUAGUGGGCAGUGGAGUAGUAGAGUAUAUUGACACCUUAGAGGAAGAGACUGUUAUGAUUGCCAUGUCUCCUGAAGAUCUAAGACAAGAAAAGGAAUAUGCUUAUUGUACAACAUAUACACAUUGUGAAAUUCAUCCUGCCAUGAUUUUAGGAGUAUGUGCCUCAAUUAUUCCAUUUCCUGAUCAUAAUCAAAGUCCAAGAAAUACUUAUCAAAGUGCUAUGGGCAAACAAGCUAUGGGCGUGUAUAUCACAAAUUUCCAUGUACGAAUGGACACUUUAGCUCAUGUACUGUAUUAUCCUCACAAGCCUUUAGUUACAACAAGGUCUAUGGAAUAUCUUAGGUUUCGUGAAUUGCCAGCUGGAAUUAAUAGUAUAGUUGCUAUAUUAUGUUACACUGGUUAUAAUCAAGAAGACAGUGUUAUCUUGAAUGCUAGCGCUGUUGAAAGAGGUUUCUUCAGAUCUGUAUUUUAUAGAUCAUACAAAGAUUCGGAGUCUAAAAGGAUAGGUGACCAAGAAGAACAAUUUGAAAAACCAACACGACAGACAUGUCAAGGAAUGCGCAAUGCUAUAUAUGAUAAAUUGGAUGAUGACGGAAUUAUUGCUCCAGGAAUUCGUGUCUCUGGAGAUGACGUAGUUAUAGGGAAAACCAUUACUUUACCGGAAGCAGAUGAUGAAUUGGAUAGUACAACAAAACGUUUCACAAAAAGGGAUGCAUCUACAUUCUUACGUAAUAGUGAAACUGGUAUAGUAGAUCAAGUAAUGUUAACAUUAAACAGUGAAGGCUACAAAUUUUGUAAAAUAAGAGUACGUAGUGUCAGAAUACCACAAAUUGGUGACAAAUUUGCCUCACGUCACGGACAAAAAGGUACAUGUGGUAUUCAGUAUAGACAAGAAGAUAUGCCAUUUUCAUGUGAAGGUCUUACACCAGAUAUUAUAAUUAAUCCUCAUGCUAUCCCAUCACGUAUGACUAUUGGCCAUUUAAUUGAAUGUAUCCAGGGAAAAGUAUCUGCUAAUAAAGGUGAAAUUGGUGAUGCUACACCAUUUAAUGAUGCUGUAAACGUGCAGAAAAUAUCUACACUUUUACAAGAAUAUGGUUACCAACUAAGAGGAAAUGAAGUCAUGUAUAAUGGUCAUACUGGUCGUAAAAUUAACGCUCAAGUGUUUUUAGGACCGACAUAUUAUCAGCGUUUGAAACAUAUGGUAGACGACAAAAUUCAUAGUAGAGCGCGUGGACCUGUUCAGAUUUUAGUUAGGCAACCUAUGGAGGGAAGAGCGAGAGACGGAGGAUUACGUUUCGGUGAAAUGGAGCGUGAUUGUCAGAUUUCUCACGGAGCUGCACAAUUUCUUAGGGAACGCUUAUUCGAAGUUUCAGAUCCAUAUCGUAUACACAUAUGUAAUUUCUGUGGUUUGAUUGCAAUAGCAAAUUUGAGAAAUAAUACUUUCGAAUGUAAAGGGUGUAAGAACAAAACACAGAUUUCGCAAGUUAGAUUGCCAUAUGCAGCGAAAUUACUUUUCCAAGAACUUAUGGCAAUGAAUAUUGCCCCUCGAUUAAUGGUAGCAUAAACAUUGAAUUAUUUCUAUGUUGCUAUCCUUAUAAUAUUAUAAAUAGAAUGGGACUUACAAUAGCAAUUUCCUGAAUCAUACUGAAAGUUAAAGAAUCGUUAGGAAUUUUUAUUGAAAAUGAUACAAUCAAUUAUUAUAUAAAUACUGUUGAAAUGUUUAUUGCAA